CUCAAUCAAGUGGUCUAUUCUUUAUAAAUCACACAAUCUGUGACAAUUCCAAAGCAAAGAUUAUACAAAUUGUAAGAAUUAGGAGGAAUAAUGUCGCAUAGGUCUUCAUUGAAAAGGCCGUCCUCGGUCAGUACGAUUAGUGAUCCAGAAAAGGCUUCGGAAAAGUCAUCCGAGGAUGAAUAUGAACCAGGAAUCGAGGCCAAACCGGCCGCGGACGUCACCAUCUACAACGCGUACAAUAUGGGACCGGCCUUUGGGAAGAAGUUCCCACUGCCGUAUAUUCGUUUAAUGGUUUCCAAAGUGAUGCAGGAAAAGUUGACAAAUAAGACUUACAAUCCAACGGAUGCCCGCAAGUUGGCCCGCGAUGUGGCCGACGAAAUUAAUUUGAGAAUGAAGGGAGAGGGAUACUGUCCAAGGUACAAGCAUGUGGUGAAUGUGAUGCUUUACCAGCAGACUGGAGCAGGAUGCUUUUACGGAGCACGAGCCAUCUGGGAUUACCUCGCGGAUGACUAUUUGAACUAUACCUUUGAUGGUGGCAGUUUUGUUUGCAUUGCAACUGUUUUUGGCUGCUACCAGUACUGAGUUAAUGCACAUUUAUUAAAUCAAUAAAAUUAUAAAGUAUUCUCUUACUUAAUAAAUGUA